GGAGGAAUCUGUAGCACUGGGGGACUGACCGCGUGACGCAGCUGGUUGCUAGGUGUGGGUGACCUGAUGCAUUGACUCAAUUAGCCGAUUCACAGUCAUCAACUCCAUCACAACAAAGCAAGACCAACAGCAUUUCAGUCGUAGACACUGCGGAGGAGACAUGGCUUUUUAAUUUACUAGAGACUUCGAUCCUAAAGAAACGCCGUGCUUUGCUUUUGCAACGCACCCCAAGCCCAAAACAUGUCAGCAAGAAUGGAGUUUCAUAAUGCACACCAAGCCCUGUUUUCUGUGGCUCAACUCUCAAACUUCACUAUCGUGCACUGUAAGCUCGGACAUUUGAAUCGUAGGACCAACGGACAGGAUGAUGACAAUGUCAGCACCCAUUUGGAAGACUCUACUCGUCUGCCCUGCAGACCCCCUCACUCUCUCUCACCCACAGGCUAACCACAGCCAAUCGGAGGGGCGCAGAGGGGAGGGGCCAGAGGAGAACCAGCACUUAAUUGGUGAUGGUCUUAGUGACUGGAUGACGGAAGAAGUAGAUUUCUCCUCUUACCUCCCAACCCCACACUCCUCUCCCUCCCCCAAUGCAUCCCUUCCCCCCUCGCCCCUCCAGCAUGACAUCCAGGUGCCCUCAGAUUUGGAGGUCAUGACCUCUCUGCUGCAAGAGGAGCUUGCUCAGCUGGAGGAUUACUUCCUGUCUGACCCACUCCCAGAAAAAGCCUCCAAACUGGGCAAAUGCGACAAGGGUCCAUCGGCAGUUGGUCCACCGUCGUAUUACCAGUUGCCCUACGGAUCAUAUUCUACUUCCAACCAGUCCGAAUCCAGCCCUCUACUUGUUACCCUGGCAACUGGGGAACUUGACUUGCUGAGCUUUUGUGGGGGUCCCAUUGGCCGUACCAAGAUUCCUAGGCAUGCCCCUUACAGUUGCAGCCGCCCCAACAGCAACGUCUGCAGCCGCAAGAGAGUUUCCGAUGGGGUGAGGGUGGGUGACAGCUACGAGAGUAGCAUCUGGAGUUCCAAAGGAAGUUCCUCAGGUAACUCAGCUGUUGCACCUGGUGGGAGCUACAGCUGUGCUGAAGAUGAACGGGUGGUAGGCAAAGGCUACUGCCUAGGCAGUGCAGUGGAGAUCAGGAGGUGUGCCAUUUUACCCAAAGAGGAGAAGAACUGCCGCUACACGGAAGAGGCCGUCGGCGCAAGCAAGGCCGGCUGCAGUGGCGGGUACAACUUUAGCGGAUCCGUUCAAAUUCCCCACAAGAAAGAAGAAAUGAUGAUGUACGGCAUAGGAGGAAGUGUGGAGAUAGAAAUGAUGAGUGAAGCCAAGAAUGGUGCUAGCGAUGUGAAGGCCAACAUUCCCUGGAAGUCCAAACCCAACGAAAGCUGUUUCCUCCAAAGUUCAUCCCAAGAAGAGGCCUACCACAGCUUCCUUGGGGCCAUUAAUGACCCAGUGAAGGCGGAGAGCGUUGAGAUCCACCGGCAACAUAACUUCCACUGUGGCUUUCUCGAAGGCCAAAGCCCCGACUGCCUGAGUGGUGAACGCCACGGACCUGAAAUGGGGUCCCCGUGUGCCAGAGGAGUCUAUGUGCUGAAAGAAGACCCCUGCAUUGUGAAACCAGACCUAGAUGUGCCACUAAUUGAAGUGAAUCAUGGUGAACACAAACAAAAGAAGAGAGACCAGAACAAGACUGCAGCUCACAGGUAUCGCCAAAAGAAGCGAGUGGAGUUGGACUCGUUGGAGGAACAGCUUCAUGGUCUGGAGGGUAGAAACCGUGAGCUACGGGACAAGGCAGAAUCAGUGGAGCGGGAGAUCCAGUACGUGAAAGACCUCCUGAUUGAGGUGUACAAGGCCCGCAGCCAACGCCUCAAACAGGAAACCAGUGCCUGACCAUAAGCUCGACCACCUGACAAUGGUCCUGCAAGUAGAAUUGUUAGCAGUCUGAAAGGCAAUGGAGAUUUGAGUUGUUUUUUGACUGAAUGUGUCUUUUUUUUUAGGAUGUGGUGGAGGUUGUACUAUUGCACGUUACUCAAUCAUUUCAUUUUCGUUACAAACUGACAAAGUCCAUCAACCGCUGCAGCACAGACAUCCACUUUCUCAGAAAUAACUCCAAAUCAGUCAAUAUGCACUGUGAUUAUGUCUUUGACUGUAAUGACAGCCACUUUUUAUUGUUUUCUCUUACGUUUCUCAAGAGUGGCUUGACGGCUCAGAGCGUUUACUGUUCAGGAUUGACAACUGAAUAACGCAAGUUAAAAUCAAACAUCUUCAUUUAUUUAGAAAAGGCUGUAAGGUAAUAUCACAAGUUCCGCAUAUGACCUGCACUGAUUUUAAUUUAUACAGAGGCCGUUUUUUCUUUUAAAUUGAUUUAUUUGCAGUUUCAAUAUUUAUGGUACUAAUACUAAUGAUGUACAAUCAGUACAACAUUGGUAGUUCCUUUUUUCCUUCCAUAUAUUAAUUAAGGAAUGAGCACUGAUAUUAAAAGCAAUCUGUUUCUUAUAUAUUGAGUUUCAGGGGAAGCACUUCUCAAAAUAAAUUUCCCUCAGGAAUAAUGAACCUGAUGAUGUAUUUUUUAAUCCCCAAUUUUAGAUUAGUCCUGCAGCUCAGGUAUACGAUUAAUGUCCAAAGUCAUGGAGGUAUGUCAGUUUGUAACUCAAUGCUGAAGAUAUGGCACUGCCUAGUAAUGUUAUGUGUGUUGAUUCCCUGUAUUUUUGUUCUUGCAUGCGGAAGAUUUCAUGGCUCUUUAUAAAGAAUGUUUAUUUUUCUUUCGUCUGAAUGAUAUGUUACUGCAAAAGUCCUUCUUGCUUAAGAAGUCCUAUUUUAUAUUCUCUUGGCUAACACGUUUAAUUAGAAGUGAGUGAGUGGCAUUUGAUUCACAAACUACUGUUUGGCCCAAUGUCUCUGCUGUUAUUGCGACUACAAUCAGGGUUUGUGAUUUUAUAAAGCUUGUUUGCUCUAAUGUUACAAGUGUGUGUUGGGGGACAGAAAGUAAAAUCUUUGUAGUGAUAUGGCUUUUUUAAUAAUCACUGAAAUGAUUGUGGUGGCUUUAGAAUUGCAGACUUCCCAACUUCUUAGCAAUAUUUCAUCAACAAUGUAAAUGACUCAAGUUAUUAUUUUUAUUUAUUUAUUUAUUUAUUUAUUGCAUUUGCAAUCAUGCACAAUCCUUGACAGAUGUUAUGAUUUUCCGGUUUACAAUUUAGUAAAUUUCAGGAGUUUAUUCUGGUUACCUGUCUAGUGACUCUGAUUUUCUACUUGCUGGAAUAGGAGACAUGCAUUAAUUACAAUUACAACAAUAACAAAGAAAUCAACUGCAAAUCGGGCUUUGAUUAGUUCCUCUUUUUUUUCUUUCUAUUUGUUUCUUUUAUGGCAUGUUUUACCGAAGUGUGGUGUGUACCUUACUACGUAGCAAUAUUACAAAUAUCAUUUAAUUCCUCUACAUAAGCAACCUAGAUACUGAGAGCUUAGCAUAUCGACUUAAAAUAUGCUUUCCUUGGCGGUAUACAAUCAUGUUUGUGAAAUAUAGCUAAUUAUGCGCUGUGUUGUACGGUCAUUUUGUGAAGUUGAGAAUUUUCUUUUCCUUUUUUUUUUUAACAACCCGAAAUGAAGGCACACGAUUUCCAAGAGUUUACACCAGCUAGAAUACUAAGACUAGUCAUUUUGUACGAGGCAUUUCGAUGUAUCGUCUCUGAUUAAUUACUUUGUGUUUCCUGUUAUUUCAUUGAAUUCAAAUAAAGUGAUUUGUGUCAGCAGCAGUGCAUUUUGGCGAUGAUGGCUUC